AUGGAUGAUUCUGAAAAGGCCGCAGCUAUCUUACCCUCUCCGCUCGACAUCGACAAAAUCUGGGAAAGGAAUGCCGCCGUCCUCGACCAGAUAUCAGGUUUAGUUCACGACCUCAUCGGCGAGGUUGCGGCAGGGCAACCCAAGACCUUGGCGGUUUGCGCCUGGGACGGCGACUUCACCUACCGCGAACUCGAUGAUCUAUCGACCAAUCUAGCCAGGAGGCUGGUCGGGCUGGGCGUGGAGCCGAGGUCGACCAUCCCGAUCCUGUUCCCCAAAUCGCGAUGGACCAGCGUCGCCAUGUUGGCCGUCAUCAAGGCGGGAUGUAGCGCCGUCGCGCUCGACGGAACUCAGCCCGACUCCCGGCUGCGGUCCAUCGUGGAACAGACGCGGCCGUCGCUGGUUAUAGCUUCGGCGAAUUACCACGCCAGGGCAUCCGGGCUGGCUGGCGUGCCGGUGGUGCAACUCGAUGAUUCGUUUUUGGAGGCAAGACCUGCUGCAGCGAAAUUGCCGGACGUCUCUGUAUCCGACACGGUCUAUAUAUCCUUUACCUCGGGAACAACUGGACAGCCCAAAGGCGCUUGCAUCAGCCACGCAAACGUCAGGAGCGCCGUCCUCUACCAAGGGAAAGAGCUCGGCUUCAACCGGGAUUCGCGCGUCUUUGACUUUGCCCCCUACUCGUUUGACGUGGCGUGGAGCAACUUCCUGCACACGCUGUGCGCUGGGGGCUGCCUCUGCGUCGCGUCCGAAGACGACAUGCUUACGGAUUUAUCAGCCGCUAUUAACAAGAUGGGGGCAACACUUAUUAAUAUUACACCAACCGUCCUUCGCACCAUCCACGUGGUCCCACAUAGUCUCCAGUCGAUUUUGCUGAGCGGCGAGAUGCCCUACCGAGAGAAUGUGACGCAGUGGGCCGGCCGGGUCAGGCUUUUAAACACAUAUGGCCCGACAGAGUGCACCUUCAAGUGCGCCUUUGCAGUGAUCGACCCAGCCCUGGAUGACCGGCCACAUCUAGGAAAGGGGGCAGCCUUUUCCCUCUGGAUCGUCGACCCGGUCGAUGACACCAAGCUCGCUCCCGUGGGCUCCGUAGGAGAGCUGUACCUCGAGGGACCCCUCGUCGGCCAGGGCUAUCUUGCGGAUCCGGACAAGACCAAAUCCGCAUUCGUCCACGAUCCACCGUGGCUGCUGGCAGGGAGCAGCAAGCACUCCGGUAGACGCGGUAGACUGUAUAAGACGGGAGAUCUGUUCAAGUACGACCCCGAUGGGAACUUGUUAUUCGUCGGCCGCAAGGACACGUCACAACUGAAGAUCCGCGGCCAGAGGGUGGAGAUUGGCGACGUCGAGCACCACGUGCGUGCCGUCCUGGACGACGCGUUUCCCAUCAUCGUGGACGUCAUCACUCCCCUAGGCGCCGACGCACGUUUGCUGGCGCUUUUCUUGGUGACGACAAACUCGGACACGGAAAAAAUCAGGGCACGCAUGGACAGUCUGGCAGAGAAGCUGCGCGAGGUCCUGCCCGCAUUUAUGAUCCCGAGCGCCUACCUACCCGUGGACGAAAUCCCGGUUGCGGCGACGGGCAAGGCGGACAGGCGGCGUCUCCGCGAGUUUGGCAGUGCCAUGGCGUGGCAGCAGAUUGUGGAGCUGCAGGCCACCAUCAUGUCUACCAGAGACCACCAAGAGCCCUCGAACGAUGCAGAGAGACGCUUGCGCCAGAUCUGGGCACAGGUCCUCAACCUGGACGCGUCUUGCAUCAGCACUAACGACGGCUUCCUCCGCCUUGGUGGAGACUCCAUAUCUGCCAUGCGGGUGGUGGCAGCGGCGAGGGUGGAGGACCUGUUGAUAACGGUGGCGGAUCUGUUCCAAAGCCCAACGCUGGCCGAGUUGGCCAAAGUGGCUCGUCCGCGAGGCUCUUCCCUCAGCGAGGAGACUAUUUUGCCUUUUACAUUACUGAAAGGCUCGAGAGAUCCGGCCGGCAUCUGUGAGGAUGUAGCAUCUAUCUGCGCAGUCGCAUCGGCAGACAUCGAAGACGUUUACCCAUGCACGCCACUGCAGGAAGGAAUGCUCGCGACAUCAGCCAAAAGCGCAGCGUCGCAAGCUAAAAGUGGUAACGCGCCCGAUUAUAUGUCCCGGGUUGCCUAUGAGCUGCCGACGGGGAUAGAUCUGGAUGAGUUCGAGGGAGCUUGGGUUCGGACCGUUCAACGAGCCUCCAUCGUGCGGACGAGAGUCGUCGACCUACCUGGCGAGGGUCUCGUGCAGGUGCUUAUUAAACACCCGAUACCCCUUGGCCGCUUUGCAACCGUCGAUGAAUUCCUCCAAGCCACCACACCGAUGGGCCUAGCAACCCCGCUGUGUCGAGCCGGACUCGUCGUCUCGCGCUCCUCGCGGCACUUGUUCCUCCUCGAGAUGCACCACGCCAUAUUCGACGGCUGGGUCAACAAGCUCAUCCUCUCAGCCCUCGAGGCAGCCCAUCUCAAAUCCGCCUCGAGACCCCUCGCUCCCUUCCAACCCUUCAUCCGCCACGUCUUGCGAAGCGAAACCCCUGAAGCGGCCGCCUUUUGGCAGAACCAGCUCGCCGAGUCGGCGGCCGCGUCGUUCCCGCCAUCAAGCCACCGGACCGGACAGAAGCGGGAUCUGAGCCACGCGGUGCGCGGCCUGCAGUGGGGGCGGCGCUCGGGCAUCACGCCGUCGUCGGUGGUGCGGUCGGCGCUGGCGCUGCUGGUGGCGUCGUACACCAACUCGAACGAGGUCGUGUUCGGAGCGACCGUCAGCGGCCGCACGGCGCCCGUGAGCAACAUUGAGGACGUUGCCGGCCCGACCAUAGCGACGGUUCCGGUGCGCGUCAGGUUCGACUGGGACCAGACGGUGCGGUCGUUGCAGCGGCAGGUGCAGCAGCAGGCUGUCGAUAUCAACAAGUAUGAGCAGUAUGGUCUGUCGCGCAUCCGGAGGAUUCAUGAAGAGGCAAGCCGGUUCCAGCUGUUACUUGUUGUGCAGCCUGAAGAUCAUGACCGGUCCCCUGGUGGGCUCUUCACCCAGGCUAAGAGUGUCGUCCGCACCACGGAGGAGGCAUCGCUUAAGCACCACAAGCCAGAGAUGGGCUCGGAUCGUAUACAACUAGUAGCAAAAGAUGGCGACAUGGACAGUGUCGGAAUGCAUAACCCGUACGCCAUGAUGAUUAUAUGUCAGCUACAGAGCGAGGGUCUGGUUUUGCGGGUCAACUAUGACUCGGGGGCUGUCGAGCCGGCUGCAGCUGAGCGAAUGUGCGUACAGCUGGAGCAGCUGAUCCGGCAAUUGUGUGACGAGCAGCUGGCCGAGUCGACGCUGCGUAGAAUUUCUCCCAUGACCAAACAGGAUCUCGGCCAGAUUUGGAAAUGGAACCAGGCCGUUCCGAAAGCCGCCGUCGGGUUCGUGACGAACAUGAUAGACGAGUGGGCAACCACGAACCCAGACGGCUUGGCGGUUGCCUCCUGGGACAGGCGUCUGACGUACCGGCAGCUCAGGGAUGUAUCGGAACACCUUGCUUACCGUCUUCUGCACCAAGGAGGAGUGGGUCCUGGAUCUUUGGUCGUCCUGAACUUUGAAAAGUCUUCAUGGCUGGUCGCGUGCAUGAUGGCCACCUUGAAGAUUGGGGCAACAGCCCUGCCUCUCUCCUCACCUGCGACGAGCCAGCGCGCUCUAGAGAUCAACGAUGCAGCCCAACCGAGGCUGGUCUUAACCUCGGGCCCAGUGGAGGAGAGCCCAUUUUACACCCACGUGCCCACGGUGUCCAUCUCCGACUUUACUCCCGACGAGGAGUGGCUUCACGUCCCUGAGCCGCACAACCGUACGCCGUCGGAUCCGGCCCUGGUCCUGUUCACCUCUGGAUCAACCGGAAUGCCAAAGUCCAUCCUGUGGAGCCACGAGACGCUGUCGAGCAAUAUACGUGCGGCGUGCGACUCGUUUGGCAUCACCUCACUAACUAAAGCCUUUCAAUUCGCAGGCUACGAGUUUGACGUAAGCACCGUCGAGUCGUUGGCUGUUCUGUCCGCAGGCGGUACACUAUGCAUCCCGUCAGAGGCGGACAGGACGAACCGGCUCGCGGAGGCCAUGAACGAGCUCCAAGCCAACUGGGUAUGCCUCACACCGUCUGUAUCCGAGACCCUGGACCCGAAGGAGCUUCCCUUCCUCGAGACUCUGGUCUUUGCUGGUGAGAAGCUGCAGCAGAAAACCACAUCCAGGUGGGUCGAUAAUCUGGCCGCGGUUUACAACUGGUACGGGCCAGCCGAGGCGUCAGUGGCCACUUUUUGCCUGGUGCAAAAUACCGAACCGACGAGCGGCAGCCCCGUCACAAUCGGGAAGAGCAGUGGCGGCGGCCUCGUUUGGUUGGUAGACCCCAAGGAUCGAGACCUUCUCUCCCCGAUCGGAGCCGUUUCGGAGCUGUGCAUUGAAGGUCCCAUCGUCGCUCGGUACACGGGGCAGAACAGCCAGCGCCUCAACGAAGAAUCCUUCUUCUCGCCGCGGUGGCUUCGUGACGGCUACGAAGAGCUUGGGAUAAGCGGGCGGGAGCCGCGACUGUACCAGACCGGUGACCUUGUCCGGUAUGAUGGCUGCGGUCGGGUGGUCUUCAUCGGCCGCAAGCACGAGUCGGAGAGGAAGCUCAGGGGUCAGAGGGUGGAGCUCGGCGAGAUCGAGCUCCGUGUGCAGGACUUCCUGGCCGGUAGGCUCGAGGCGACUGUGGUGGCUGAGAUAUUCUGCCCGAGCAAAAGCGACAAGGAGACGCUGGCUCUGUUCAUCAGCCCUCACAGCCUACCCGACAAUAACAAGGAUAGCGUAACCGAAUAUCUCAAGCAAGCACUGCCGGUGGACGAACUAGAACAGGACCUGCUAAAGUCCCUUCCGCCCUACAUGAUACCCAAAGUAUACGUGCCCCUCGACAAAAUCCCCACGAACCACUCGGGCAAGACCGACAGGAAGCGGCUGCGUCAGAUCGGCAGCUCUCUUGCGCACUCUGAACUAGCAGCAAUGCAACCGUCGAGGAAAGCCUCGAGACCGCCGUCCACAGCCAUGGAGAAGCGCCUGCAGCAGCUUUGGGCCGACGUCAUCGGCAUCGAGAUGAGCGCCAUCAGCGCCACCGACAACUUCUUGCGCUUAGGGGGCGACUCCAUCACGGCCAUGCGGCUGGUCGCGUCGGCUCGUCACCAAGGUCUUGCUCUGACUGUCGCCGACGUGUUUCGCUCGCCUCUACUUGAGGAUAUGGCAGAGUGCGUCAAGUACGAUGAUGGGUUGGAGUCAAGCACCUCACAAGCGAUUCCUCCCUUCUCCCUGCUCGAUCCCGAGAUGGACGAGGCUACGGCUCGGAGGCAGGCAGCGCGGGCGUGUUCAGUCGAUGCGUCUCGCAUCACGGAUGUGUACCCGUGCACGGCGCUUCAGGAGGGGUUGCUCGCCCUGGGGACCAGAGAGCAUGGGCAGUACGUCUCGCGUAGCGUGCUGAGUCUCCAACCCGACAUAGAUCCGGAAGCGCUGGCGAAAGCAUGGUCAGCCACUGUGAAAAGGCUGACCUUGCUAAGGACGCGCAUUAUUGACCUCCCUGGGCAGGGCUUGGUUCAAGUAGUACUGGACGACCUGCCGCUCCAACCUGCCGACGACCUGGAUGCUUUUCUCCGCAAGGAUCAAGAGACACCGAUGGGCCUAGGCACAGAGCUUUGUCGAGCCGCCAUCGUCGAGCGAAACUUUGCACUCUCCAUGCAUCACUGCACAUAUGACGGCAACACGCUCAAGAUGAUCUUGGAAGAGCUUGAGCGGCAAUAUCUCGGCCGGCCUGGGCUGCAUACAACACCUUUUCAAAAUUUCAUCAGCUACGUCGGCAAGAUGAACAUGGAAGAAUCUGCCGAAUUUUGGAAGCAGCGGCUGUCCAACACCGAAGCCGCCCAGUUCCCGGCGCUCCCUUCUGCAAACUACAAACCACACGCUGACCAGCGCCUGCAGCACGACAUCGCCGUGGGGUGGCCCCGGACAGGUGUGACCGCCUCGACCGUCAUACGCUCGGCCUGGGCACUGCUGACGGCCCAGUACACGCGGUCCAGCGACGUGCUCUUCGCGGCGACGGUCAGCGGGAGGCAGGCCAGCAUGAGGGGGAUAGAGAACUGCGUGGGGCCGACCAUAUCCACGAUCCCCGUCGCUAUCGGGAUCGACUGGGCCGACAGCAUCGAGGCCUUCCUCGCUCGUCGGCAGAGCGAGAUGAUGGAGACGAUCGCCCACGAGCAGUUUGGCCUGCAAAACAUCUACCGUGCCGUGGGCGACGACCUGGACCCGCGCAACAUCCAGACGCUGCUGGUCGUGCAGCCGGUCGCCGACGGAAAGGCGCUCGACAGGGACGGCCUGCUUUUCAAGGCCCGGAGCUUUUCUUCCAAUGUGGACACGUUGGGCGUCGACCCGUUCAAUAACUACCCGCUUCAGGUUGUGUGCGAGCUUAGGCCGGACGGUAUGCAGCUGCGCAUGAGCUUCGACGGGAAGCUCUUGGACCGGGAGCAGAUGCGUCGCAUGGCUUGCCAGUUUGAGACGGUCUUGCGGCAGCUGUGUGAUGAAGGGAUGGCCACGGACCAGCUGGGUGCAAUCCAGACCGCCAGUGAUGAGGAUCUAGAGGUGUUUUGGGCCCAGAACGCCCAUCUCCCACAGGGAGCUGACAUGUUGGUGCACGAUUCCAUCGCCAUCGCUGCGAGAAUGCAGCCCAACUCGGUGGCUGUGGAGGCGUGGGAUGGACGGUUCACAUACCGAGAGCUGGAUGAGCUGUCCACGCACAUGGCCCACGGCUUGGCCGGCAUGGGCAUUGUCGAGGGGUCCGUCGUCGCGAUAUGCUCAGAGAAAUCAAAAUGGGUCCCGGUCGUCCAGGUUGCCGUCUACAAGGCCGGCGGCGUCACCGUGCUGCAGUCUGUUGCUGUGCCCGAGUUGAGGAUGGCCAUGGUGUUCCAGAAGAUCGGGGUAAAGCUGGCCGUCGUCUCGGAAUCACGCCUCAAGGUCAUGUCCAGGCACGGUCGUUGCUGCACCUUUGACCAACUGUUGCAGAUUUCUUCACCAGAAGGUGACGAUAACAAUAAGAACCAACCCACGGCCUUGCCACUGCUAAACAUGAGCAGUCCCGCAGCAAUCUUGGUGUCAUCAGGCAGCACGGGCGAGCCGAAGCAGGUCCUCUGGAGCCACGGGACGCUCUCGUCCAACGUCAAGGCCCACGGGGAGUACCUCGGCGUGUACCCAGGAACGCGCGUGUUCCAGUUUGCAUCUUACGACUUUGACGUCAGCACCAUCGAAUCCAUCUCGACGCUGGUGCAUGCCGGCUGCCUGUGCAUCCCUUCCGAAUCGGAGCGGCUCGACGGGCUCGGCACCACCAUCAACCGCUUCCAGAUAGACUUUAUGAACAUUACCCCGUCCACGGCCAAAGCUCUGAAGCCCGAGGACAUGACCAAAAGCCUCAAAACACUAGUGCUUUCGGGAGAGAACCUGGCCGAUGAGGACGUGCAGAGGUGGAAGGGCACGUGUCCCGUGCUCAACUGGUACGGACCCGCCGAGCACCCGGCCACCAUCAUCACGGCCAGCGAUGAGACCUGGUACACCGGAGUCAUCGGGCAGGUUUACUCGAAGCAGCCCGCGCUGUGCUGGCUUGUGGACCCGGAGCAGGCGGACAGGCUUGUGCCCUUUGGGACCGUGGGUGAGAUCGCCCUCGAAGGGCCGCUUUGUGCCGACGGCUACGUCGCAAAUGAUGCCAUGACCAAGCAGCGCUUUCGCAAGACUCCCAAGUUUCUCGCCGCGGGCCAUGGACAGGCUCAGGGAAGACAGGGCUGUGUGUACUUCUCUGGAGACCUUGGUCGGUACGACAGCAGCGGCAACCUCGUGUAUAUGGGGAGGAAGGACGCGCAGUUGAAGAUUCGUGGGCAGCUGGUGGCUCCUGAAGAGGUCGAGGCGCAGAUACGGAAAUGGCUGAUCAGCAAGAACAACAACAAGGCCGAGGCAGUGGUGGACGUCGUAUCACGAGACGGGAGCAAACACACCCUUGUUGCAUAUUUAACCGCCGACACCACAGAGGAUGUAGAAUCGAUGACAUCCGGAUUGAACCAGACACUCGAGGCCACGCUGCCGAGAUAUGCCGUUCCUUCCUACUACAUCCCGGUGCCAGUCAUCCCAACCAAUGCUUCGGGCAAAAAGGACCGCAAGAAACUCAGGGAAAUUGGCAACGCGUACGAGCCGCCAAAGAACAACUCGGGCAGUCGGCGCUGGGAGCCGGCCACCACUGCCGAGAGAACACUCCGGGAGCUGUGGUCGACGGUGCUCAAGAUGGACCCCGAGUCCAUCUCUGCAAACGACAGCUUCCUGCGGGUCGGCGACUCAAUCCAAGCUAUGCGGCUCGUGGGCAUGGCCCGGCAGCAGGGACUGGUGCUUACCGUGGCCGACAUAUUCGAACACCCGGUCCUUGGGGAUAUGGCCAAGUGCGUAAAAAACAGGGCAUACAAUGAAGACGAGGACGAGGAUGCCGUUGCGCCCUUUACGCUGCUUGGUCCAGGUUCAAACCAUCAGGCUGCACGGCAAGAAGCGGCCUCGCUUUGUGGCGUAGACGAGCAUGAUGUCGAGGAUGUUUUCCCCUGCACGCCGCUACAGGAGGGACUUUUGGCCUUGACCAUGAAAUCUCCAGGUGCCUAUAUCGGCCGCGACGUACUGGAACUCGCCCCGACCGUGGACCUGAACAGGUUCAAUCAGUCUUGGAAGGAGGUCUGUACCAUGAUGCCGAUUCUGCGGACGCGCAUCGUCCACCUUCCCGACCAAGGUCUGGUGCAGGUCGUCAUCCGGGAGAAGGAUUGCUGGACGGGCGCAGGAGAUCUGGAACAGUAUAUUUCUGAGGACCAAGAAACCCCCAUGGGCUUAGGCUCUCGUCUCAUGAGAUGCGCCAUACUCUCAGCCCAGACGUCAGGAAGCGGCCGCGAUUGCUUUUAUUUUGCCCUGACCAUGCACCAUUCCGUAUACGACGGGCUGACCAUGCCAGUGAUUUUGGAGGCGUUGGAAAACAUCUACCAUGGCUCCACCCCGCUGCAGCCUCGCCCUUUCCAGACAUUUGUCAAGUAUAUCCAGGAGCGAGAUAAGGAGGCCGAAGCUGCAUUUUGGAAGUCACAAUUCUCGGGCCUGGAUGCAGAACCGUUCCCCAGCCUCCCAGCCCCUGAUUACGAGCCUGAGACGGACUCGCAGUUCACGCACCACAUCUCAGAUGUAGCGUGGAGGGUGGAUGACGCCAGUCCCUCGACUACUUUGCGCUCCGCCUUUGCCAUUCUCUGCUCGCGCUACUUCAGCUCACCCGACGUCGUGUUCGGCGUGGUUGUUGCCGGUCGAAAGGCGCCCAUCGGAGGUAUCGAAAGAAUCGUAGGCCCAACCAUCGCCACUCUGCCUAUCCGGGUCAAGCUCGAUACUGGAACGAACGUUCUGGGGCUGUUGGAUUCGGUGCAGCGACAAGCCACCGAAAUGAUCCCGUGGGAACAGGCCGGGCUCUCAUCCAUACGCCAGCUGAGUGCAGAGGCGAGGCGGGCCUGCCAGUUCCAGACGCUGCUGGUCAUCCAGUCUGGGCACCAGCAGCAGGAGCAGCCUUUGCAGGAUGGAGCCUUGUUCGUGCCUAAAGCGGUGCAUCAAAAAUCCGACAGCGGUGCAUUUGACUCUUAUGCGCUCAGCUUGGUAUGCACACUCGAGACCGGUCGACUGUCCUUGGAUUUCCGCUUCGACUCUAGAAUCAUAGAUCGCGACACGAUCGAGAGGGCAGCUCACCAUUUGGAGCACCUUCUAAAGCGCCUUUGCACUCCAGAACUCGACCAAACGCCCCUCGGCGACAUAACUCUCACCACAGAUCGGGAUCUCAAUCAAAUCUGGAAAUGGAAUGCUGAAGACUUUAAGCGCGUCGAUGCUUGCGUGCAUGACCUCAUCACAAAAACCGCCAGAGCCCGUCCGCAGGCAAUAGCCGUAUCUGCCUGGGAUGGCGAGCUGACAUACAAAGACUUGGACCGUACCUCUACCGCUCUGGCAGCCCGCCUCGUCGAGCUGGGCGUUGUUUGCCGCAACACCAUCGUCCCGCUGUGCUUCGAGAAAUCCAUGUACGCUAUGGUGGCUUUAUUGGGCGUUUUCAAGGCCGGGGCAGGUGUGCUGCUGCUGGACUCGACGCUUCCAGAGUCGCGACUUCAGGCUAUUGUACGCCAGACGAAUCCUGCCGUCAUCUUCAGCUCGGUUGCCAACCAGGAUUUGACUUCGAGGCUGGUCCCGCCCACUACGGAAAUAGUGACCCUGGGCCCCGAGUAUUAUGCCAGACUGCUUUUCACAAGCGGAAGCACCGGCACGCCAAAGGGAUGUAUGAUUGAACAUGGCAGCUUUUGCAGUGCUAUUGCUUACCAGGAGCGAGUACUAGAGCCUCUGGGGGAAGGUUCCCGUGUAUACGAUCUAUCUUCCUACUCGUUUGACGCGUCGAUAUGGAAAAUAUUGCGCUGCCUCAUUUCCGGAUCCACACUAUGCAUCCCGAGCGAAGAGGAACGGAGAAACGACCUCGAGAACAGCAUCAGGAGAUUCGGCACCACCGACAUCGCUCUAACCCCGUCGACCGCGCGGCUACUUGACCCCCGGCGCAUACCAACGAUGCGUAACUUCCACGUCGGCGGCGAGGCGGUCACCAGGGAGGACGUCGCGCGGUGGACGCCCUACGCAAACGUCUUUGUGGGCUACGGCCCUUCGGAGUGCAACGCCGUGUCGAUCUGGCACAGGGUCUCGCCCACCAACAUCCCCUCGCCGCUCCCCAUCGGCAAGGGCACCGGCGUGUCGACCUGGAUCCUAGACCCCGCGUCCAGCGAGCGGCUGUUGCCCGUCGGCGCCGUCGGCGAGCUGUAUCUGCAGGGACCGCUCGUCGGCCGUGGCUAUCUCGGCGACGAGAAGACCACCGCCGCCGCCUUUAUAGACUCCCCGAGCUGGCUACAGCGGGGUAGUCCAGAUGGCAGCGUCGCCGGGAGGAGAGGCGCUCGCCUGUACAAAACUGGCGACCUCGCGCGCUACGACGUCGCCGACGGCUCCCUCGUCUUCAUGGGGAGGAAGGACGCCCAGGUCAAGCUGCGUGGCCAGAGGAUCGAGCUGGGCGAGGUCGAGCACCACCUCCGCCAGUGCCUCGCUGGCGAGUUUGCGGCGCCCAAGGCGGCUGCUGAGAUCGUGGUCCCUGCUGCGACGGGGAGUGCGGCGCUUGUCGCUUUCGUCCAGCUGCCCGCGAGCGACAUGACCCGGUUCCAAGACACGAUCCGCGGCCUUGAAGAGACCCUGAAGAAGCGUCUUCCGCCUUACAUGGUCCCGUCCGCAUACAUUCCCCUAGAGUCCAUCCCGUUGGCACCCAGCGGCAAGACGGACCGGAAGGCUCUCCGAGAGCUGGGUGUUAGUCUGACGCUGGAGCAGCUGGAUGGUGGCGGCGACGAGGAUCAAAAUGCCGAGGUGACAGGCUUGGCGAUCCGUCUACGAGAGAUGUGGGCGGCCGUCUUGCUGGUUCCGAUCGACAAGAUUCGCGGAAAUAGCAGCUUCCUGCGCGUAGGGGGUGACUCCAUCUCGGCCAUGCGCCUUGCAGCUUUGGCACGUACAGGCGGCUUCUCUUUGAGCGUUGCCAACAUCCUCCGGAACCCGGUCCUCUCAAAAAUGGCUGAAACAAUGGUAGACAUACGGCAGCAAGACGCUGGCCUCGACAACGUCGCCGUCCGGGCCUUUUCGUUGCUGAAGAAGACCAACAAGGACGCCGCUCUUGAAGUUCUAGCGAGUCAGUGCAGAGUUGAAGCCUCCCGAAUCCAAGACGCUUUCCCAUGCACGGGGGUGCAGAAGUCUCUCCUCUCCAUGACGGCAAAGUCUGAGGGCUCUUCCUACAUUGCGCGGUUCCUCCUUCACCUCAGGGCUGGAACUGACGCACUCCGUCUUAGAAAGGCUUGGGAGGACGUGAGCCGCGCUGCUGCGCCCAUCCUCCGAUACAGGAUCGCAGAUCUCCCGUCCGAAGGCCUGGUACAGAUCCAGAUCGAUGAGGCUUUGCAGUGGGAUGAGUACGAAUCCAUCGAGGCGUAUCUGGAACGCGACAACAAGAAGACAAUGAGCCUCGGUGAGAGUCUCACACGUCUGGCGUUUGUGAAAGAUGACCGAGGCUUGUGUUGCGUUUUGACUCAGCAUCACGCUAUUUAUGAUGGUUAUUCGAUGGAUUUACUGCUCGAACAGGUCGCCAGGACUUAUGCGGGAACCGACGACAAGAGUCCCCUUGUUCCUUUCCAAGCCUUUGUCAAGCAGUAUGUGGUGGACGCAAACCAAGAAGAGGCGAAUGACUUUUGGCGUGGUCAGUUUGCCGAGUCUGAAGCCGUCCCAUUUCCAUCACUGCCUAGCGCGGAUUAUCGACCCAGGGCCAACAGUACCGUAAGGAGACAGAUUGGUGGUCUCAUAUGGCCAAAAACAAACGCUACAGCAACCACCGUAAUAAGGGCUGCCUGGUCGAUCCUCACCUCACGCUACACCGACUCCAACGACGUGGUUUUUGGGACAGUGGUCACCGGCCGUCAAGGAUCGCUCCCCGGCAUCAACCGCAUGAUUGCACCACUGAUUAACGCGGUGCCUGUGCGCGUCAAACUUAACCCGGAAGCAAACAUGGAAGAGCUGCUCGAUCAGGUGCAGAGCCAGUCCAUUUCCAUGAUCCCUUACGAGCACACCGAGAUCCUUGACAUCCGGCGCCUGGGCGGAGGUGCGGAGCUCGCCAGCCGCUUCAACACCCUGCUCGUGGUCCAGCCGGCCGGCCGGAGCGAGUACACAGUCCGCAGCGACGGGCCUUUCGAAUCCAAACCCGAAUCCCUGUCGAGCCGGGAAGGACUCGACGACUUCAACCCCAACGCCGUCAUGGUCAUGUGUCAACUGGCCGACGGAGACAGGAUCGACUUGGAAAUAAGCUUCGAUUCCAACGUCGUCGACCCCGUGCAGAUGGACCGCAUAUCCGCCCAGUUCGAGCACAUCAUGCGACAAUUCUGCAGCAACUCAAGCCCCUCCACAAAGGUCCAAGAUAUCGACCUCGUCAGUCCCCAAGACCUCGCUGAAAUGUGGAACUGGAACGCCCUCGUUCCAACAGCCGUAUCGAAGUGCGUGCACGAGCUCAUCGAGGCCACCGCGCAUCGCCAGCCAGAGGACUGCGCCGUCUGCGCGUGGGACGGCAGCCUCUCCUACUCGGACCUCGAAGCACUCUCGCGCAGGCUGGCGCUCUACCUGGUGUCGCUUGGUGUCGGCCCAGGCACGACGGUCCCGUUGUGCUUUGAAAAGUCCAUGUGGUACCCCGUGGCGGCUCUGGCGGUAAUGCGAGCGGGAGCGGCGUGCCUGGCCAUGGACUCGACCCAGCCUGAAGCACGUUUGAGAUCCAUCGUCCAGCAGGUCAACCCCACACUGAUCCUAUCAUCUACUAGCACUGAGGAGCUAGCUAGCCGCCUAUCCAGUGCUCGAGUGUUGAGCGUAGACGAGAACACAAUGCAGCAAUUCCAUUUUUCCAACCUGGACCGCAAUCUCAGCCUGCCCAAAACCUCUCCAACAGACGUGCUCUACAUCGUCUUCACCAGCGGCUCGACAGGCGUGCCCAAAGGCAUCGUAACCACACACCAAAACUUCGCCUCUGCGGCCACGCACCAGGCCGAGAUCCUGCACAUCCGCCGGGGCACGCGCGUCUUCGACUUUGUCUCGUACAACUUUGACGUAUCGUGGUCCAACCACCUGCAGACCCUCAUCCGCGGGGGAUGCCUCUGCAUCCCCUCCGAAUCGGACCGCAAGAACGACAUAACCGGGGCCUUCAACCGCCUGCGCUGCGACUACGCCUACUUCACCCCCUCGGUGGCGAAAUCGCUCGAGCCCUCGGCGCUGCCGGGCCUGCGCACCCUCGCCAUGGGCGGCGAGCCGAUCCAGAGCGUCGAGGUGGCGCGCUGGACGCAGGCCGAGACCGUCAUCGGCAUCUACGGGCCGGCGGAGUGCGCGCAGGCGCUCACGUUUGCGCUCCUGACCCCGACCACCAGGAACAACCACGUCGGCCGGCCCUACGGCGCAAACGUCUGGCUCGUCGAGCCUGGCCGCCCCGAUCGUCUCGCUGGAGUCGGCACGACCGCCGAGCUGGCCAUCGAGGGCCCGACGCUGAGCAGAGGGUACUUUGGCGAUGCGGCCAGGUCCGCGGCCGCGUACGUCGAGAGCCCCGCCUGGCUGUUGCGCGGCGCAGAGGGUCAUGCGUCGCGACGGGGUACGGUUUAUCUGACGGGUGAUCUGGCCCGGUAUGGGGCGGAUGGGUCGUUGGAUUUUAUCGGGCGCAAGGAUGCGCUGGUCAAGCUUCGGGGUCAGCGCAUCGAGCUGGCCGAAGUCGAGUAUCACGUCGGUGCGUGUCUGCGAGAUGGCAGUCCCUGUCGCGGCAUCGCAGCCGAAAUCAUCACGCCGAAGAAUGGCAGCAGCCCGAUUCUUACUGUGUUUUUGAGCGUCGAAGAGUCCGAGAACCGCCAAGAAACAGAGACCAAAUUGGUGGAGAUCCUUCAAGACCUAGAGCAGCUGCCGGAUCGCGUUCCGCAAUACAUGGUCCCGGGAGCCUACAUCGAAAUCAACCAAAUACCCAUGACCACCACCAACAAAACAGACCGCCGCGCCCUGCGAGAGCUCGGCGGCGCAAAGACCCUCGAGGAGCUGGCCCGGCUGCAGCUACGCGGCCAAGACCGGCGCGUGCCCAGCAGCCCCAUGGAGAAGCGCCUGCGGGAUCUGUGGUCCUCGGUUCUGCAGAUCGACCCGGAGAGCAUCGGCGCCGACAGCAGCUUCCUCAGGAUAGGGGGCGAGUCCAUUGCGGCCAUGCGCCUCGUGGCCGCCGCCCGCGCCGCCAGGAUGUCGCUGACGGUGGCCGACAUCUUCAAGGCCCCGCGGCUCUGCGACCUCGCGCUGUUGGUCAAGGAGGUCAGGGCCGGCAGCAGCGAGAUGCAAAUUACCACCGUUGCCCCAUUCGCCAUGUUGGGGACGGGAGAUCCCGAGAGAUUUCUCGAACGCUACAUCACGCCGGCCGUGGAGGGCGGCCGGUCUGCCAUUCGGGAUGUGGUUCCCGUCACGGAUUUCCAGGAGCAGUCCGUUUUGGAUGCGCUGCAAGACCCUCCUGGCCGUUACCCCCAUUGGACAUUCGACCUUGCCGCCGACGUGGACUUUGCCAGACUCCAACAGGCAUGCAGAGAACUUGUCAACCACUACGACAUACUACGUUCGGUGUUUGUGCGAGCCGACGGGCGGCUGUGGCAGGUUGUGCUCGCGAACCUCGAUCCAACAUACGACACAAUCGACGGCGGGGACGCUGACAUGGUGACUUUGGUCAACUCGAUCUGCGCACAAGACAUAAAGCGACCUCGCGUUCUGGGCCGCUCGUUUAUCAGAUUCAUCGUGGUGAGACACGCGUCGGGCAAACAUAAGUUCAUCUUUCGGAUCUCCCACGCCCAGUUCGACGGCUUCAGCUGGGCGUCGGUCCUGGAGACGCUGUGGUCCAUCUACCGCCAAGAUCCACCGUCCGUCGGCCCGAGCUUCACGCAAUACAUCGCCCACGCCGAGUCCAAGAGGGACGAGGCGCAACGGUACUGGCGGUCCUUGCUACGCGGCUCCCCCGCUCCCGUCGGAAGGACGAGCAUACCACCCCCCGGCAGCACCGAUGUCAGCGACCUGUGCAGUCCCAAAAACCGCCUGACGAUCAAGGAAACCAUCCAAGUGCGCAGCAGCGAGCAGGACAAAAGCCGAGACGGCGCAUCGCUCGCCACGCUAUUCCACGCCGCCUGCGCCCUGGUGCUGGCGCGCAAGCUCAAGCAGCGAGAAGUCGUCUUCGGCCGGCUGGUCACGGGCCGGUCUAUGCUGCCCAGCCACCUGCAGAGCAUCGUGGGGCCCACCAUGGCCGAGGUGCCGAUCCGAGUCGUCGUCGAGGCGGACGACACCGUCUCCACCAUAGCGGCGCGGCUGCAGUCGCAGUUCAUCGAUGGCGCGGCCUCUGAGGCCGUGGGCAUGGUGCAGAUCAUCAAGAACUGCACGGAUUGGGACGGGUCGGGCGUGGAGGACUUUGGGUGGAGGACCGCGUUCCAGCAGCAGGAGGAUGGCGACUUUACCUUCCUGGGUCGCCCGAGCAGCGUCGGCUUUUACGAGGGGGCGGUCCCUUCUCGUGUACGGCCCGAGAUAUACGCCACGCCUAUCGGGGGCGACUGGCUGGAGUUGGAGUUCGAAGGAAAUAGGAUGUUUGUCUCCGAGGAGGAGGUCAAGGGAGUAUUGGUUGGGCUUCGGGAUGCCUUGAGCUAG